AUGGAGCACUUUGUGGAGUUACCUCCAGAGCUAUGCUCUUUGAAGAUAACUGGGUUCUCAAAAGAUAUGGGCAGUUCUUUGUCCUUGCUACCAUCAUUAAUGUGUCGCUUGGAGAAUUUGUUGGUGGCUAUUGAGUUGAAGGAUGUCAUGUCAUCCUAUUUCCCAGAGGCUUCUCAAAUUAGUGCCUCGGGUAUCCUUGAAGCACUGACUACUGAAAGGUGUUUAGAGAGGAUCUCUUUGGAGCGAUUAGAAGUCCUAGGUGAUGCUUUCUUGAAGUAUGUAGUUGGGCGCCAUAACUUUAUUUCAUAUGAAGGACUUGAUGAAGGUCAGUUGACCAGGAGACGUUCUGAUAUAGUGAGUAAUUCGAAUUUAUACGAGUUAUCAAUUAGAAGAAAUUUGCAGGUAUACAUACGGGAUCAACACUUUGAACCUACUCAGUUCUUUGCACUGGGAAGACCUUGUAAAGUUGUUUGCAAUCCUGACAGAGAGACGACUUUACACCCGAAGAAUAUCCACCCAGAUAGACGUGAAAACUUUAACUUGAGGUGUACAAAAUCACAUCAUUGGUUGCAUAGGAAGACAAUUGCAGAUGUUGUUGAGUCACUUCUUGGAGCUUUUAUUGUCGAGUGUGGAUUCAAAGCUGCAUUUGCAUUCCUACAUUGGAUUGGGAUAAAAGUUGAUUUCGAAAAUUCAGCUCUCUAUAGAGUAUUAGAUGCAAGCUCCGCCAAUUUGUCUCUCAUGAAUUACAUGAACAUUUAUGAGCUUGAAGAAUUGAUUGGCUACACCUUCAAGCACAAGGCUCUUCUUCUCCAAGCAUUUGUACACCCUUCAUUCAAUAAGCAUUCUGGAGGAUGCUACCAGAGGAUGGAGUUUCUUGGAGAUGCUGUUUUGGAAUAUUUGAUGGCCUCGUACCUCUACUCAGCUUACCCUGAUCUCAAGCCUGGUCAACUAACAGAUCUGAAAUCAUUAGCUGUGAAUAAUAAUUCAUUUGCUUAUGUGGCCGUUAAGAAAUCUAUCCAUAAAUAUCUCAUAAAGGAUUCUAAAUCUCUUACAGCAGCGGUAAAUAAAUUUGAGAAUUAUGUUAAUCUUUCAAGUUCAGAGAAAGACUUGUUAGAAGAACCAACAUGUCCAAAGGUUCUUGGUGAUAUUGUUGAAUCUUGUGUUGGUGCGGUGCUUUUAGAUUCCGGCUUCAACCUGAACCAUGUUUGGAAGCUAAUGCUAAUGCUUCUAAAGCCAAUAUUGAGCUUCUGUGGCAUGCACAUUGAUCCUAUGAGAGAACUCCGAGAAAUUUGUCAAUAUAAUGGUUUUGAGUUAAGACUUCCCAAACCUACGGAGGACAAUGGAGAGUUCCAUGUCAAAGUAGAAGUUAACAUAGAUGGCAAGAUGAUAAGCUGUACUGCAGCAAACCGGAAUUCGAAAGAUGCUAGAAAGGUAGCUGCACAAGAAGCGCUUUCAAAACUGAAGAAUAAUGGAUACAAGCAUAAAAGAAAGUCACUGGAGGAAAUUUUGCGUGCUACCACGAAAAAAGAAUCAGAACUGAUAGGCUAUGAUGAAGAACCAAUCAAUGUUGAGGAUGACAUACAAAUGAAGAAUCUACUGAUAAAUGGAGAAAUGGAAGGAAACAUCUUUUUUCAAAAUAAAGAAGUGUCGUUGAACGGGAGGUCUGAAACCUCCAUUCAGAGUACAGCAGGAGAUAACAAGGUUGACAAGAAUGAUGUUAAUAAUGGAAGGAACAAUAAGUCCAAUGUGGUCGUGCAGAAUGGUUGCCUAUCUAGAGGGGCAACUGAUAAAAUAAACCAAAAAGAGUAUCACGGUGAUAUGGUACGCAAAACAGCAAGGUCAUUCCUUUAUGAACUAUGUGCUGCAAACUAUUGGAAACCUCCUGAAUUUGAGUUAUGCAAAGAUGAAGGACCAAGCCACCUUCGAAAGUUCACUUGUAAGGUCCUUAUUCAGAUCACGGGAACUUCAGCGACCCUUUUGGAGUGCUAUAGCGAUCCUAAGCUACAAAAGAAAGCAGCGCAUGAGCAUGCGGCAGAGGGAGCUCUGUGGUAUCUUAAGCAACUUGGAUACCUAUCAAAAGAUGAUAAUCGUGUCUAG